AUGGGCCCACCCAAGAUUUCGCCAACUGAAGCCGUUCUUCUCCACAAUCGCUAUACUAAUCAAAGCAGAAAAAACGGCACAAAGGUUGUUCUUCUUCCCUUGAAAACAAACAUUGACAAUGUUCGCAAAGCGAUGCAGGCCCAAACUAGGACAGUCUUCCCAAAUGGCGCCGAUUUUCAGUUUGAGACUCAACAGCGGCUCGGAAUGUGCCUUCAAAGAUGGCGAGAAACCCAAAACUUCUGCAAAACUCCCAUCGUGGGCUGCCAGGACGUUGUGUUGCCUCUAGAGGACUGGUAUUUCACCGAAGCCGCCGGAGAAUUCCUUCUCCUUUAA